GCCAAGCAUCAGCUAAGAGUAAGAAAAAGUUGCAGAGAGACAGAGUAGGAAAGAAACAGAGAAGAGAGGGAAAAGGAAAGGAAGGAAAGAAGAUGAUUCAAGACGAAACCAGAAAGGGUCCUUGGACAGAACAGGAGGACAUCCUCCUGAUCAACUUUGUGCACUUGUUUGGGGAUCGACGAUGGGAUUUUAUUGCUAAAGUUUCAGGUUUGAAGGUGGCGGGAGACGCGUAAUAGGUUUGAACAGAACAGGAAAGAGUUGCAGGUUGCGAUGGGUUAACUAUCUGCAUCCUGGACUCAAGAGGGGAAAGAUGACCCCUCAAGAAGAAAAACUUGUGGUGGAGCUUCAUGCCAAAUGGGGAAACAGAGAUGGUCAAGAAUUGCUCGCAAAUUACCAGGGCGAACUGAUAACGAGAUCAAGAACUACUGGAGGACUCAUAUGAGGAAGAAGGCUCAGGAGAGGAAAAGGGCUGCUACCAUGUCUUCCCCGUCAUCAUCAUCAUCCAAUCAUUCCUCUUCUUCCCACACUACUACUGUGAACUCGUCACCUUUCCCGGAGGCUGGAGAAGAGCAGCCUAGCUUCUACGACACCGGAGGGAAUCAAGUGGCAGCGGCAGUGGCUACAACUGGCAAAACUAACCAUCUAUUGCAUGUAGGCGACAAAGGAUACUCGAUGGAUGACAUAUGGAAAGACAUAGAGGACACAAUAUUUGAACCAGUAGUUUCUGAAGGCUUAACUGAAGAAGGCUGCAAUUUCUCUGGCCCGCCUCCUAUGGUCUCUCCAAACUGGGACUACUGCACUACUGACACACUCUGGAAGCUGGAUGAUGAAGAGGAGAGUAAAAUGUUUCUUCCCUAUGACUACGGAACUCUGUUUUUAACUGGCUAGUAUAAAGGAAAUUCUUUAUUCAGAUUUUUGUUCAUACUGCUGUGAUGUGUCUGUGAGGAAGCUCUAACCUGUACAGCAUGGGGUUUUCCUCUAUAUGCAUAAAGCUAAGUCCUUGUGUCUUUUUAGUAUUAUGUUCAAUCCUCGGAAGUAGGAAGAGAGAUAGGCAUGCCACAUCUCCCUUGGGGAGAGUGCUUUAUGUUCAAGAAUGUGUAAUAGAAGACUUAUAGUACUAUCAAUAAGUUUCAAUCAACCUAGUUUUUGCAUGAUACUUCUUCGUAUUCAAAGAAUAUAAGUGCACAGUUGUAAGGAACAGAAACACAGUAAGCAGAUAAGCACAAGCACAAUAUGGAUUAACUGAUACUUUGCCCUCUCAAACACAUCAUCCUAAUAGUUCAUGAAUAACUAUGUCAACCAUCUAUAACCUUCGCAUUAAUCUUCCAAACUGUAGUUUCCAGCCUAUAAGACACUAAACAACAUUAUGCUUGUGUGCAGUAAGUGGAGAAGUCUGAUCACAAGAGUUCAUGCAAAGGUUCGUAAGAAGUUAAUUAAGAUUAUUAAGGAAACAAGUCAUGAUGGACUUGAGUAGGCAGUCUGUAAACGUGAGAAA